CUUGCAAUGUGCAGUUGAGCUGCGUGUGGGGCAGAGCUGCACACCGGCCUCCCAGGCUCUCUCGCUCCCCCUCCGCUCCCGCUCUCCCUUCCCCUCUCGCGUGCGGUGAGCCGGGUGCCAGGGGACCACGGGAGACCUUCUCCUGGGCUGACGGCGAGUACUCGCUCUCCUGCAGGCCGGGAGCUCGAGCAGAGCUUCAAAGUUAGAGCCGCAGAUCUCCCGCCGCCCCACGCCCCUUCACCCCGCCCCUCCGACAUCCCCAACCUUGGCGUGCACUGCCUAAGGAUUUCAGAGGGAGGCGAAGGUCCGGCAAAACCUCUCCGGAUUUCCAUUCAACAGUCCUCUCGUCUAGGUACCCUAGCUCCCCGAAGACUCUGCAGAUACACCCCUAUAAGCGGGAGGGAGGAGCGGAGGGGGGAGGGGAGAGGAGAACCAGAGAGGGAGGAAAGGAGAGAAUGCCAGGUCCCUGCCUCUGCCGGCAGUCCCAGUCAGAUGCUGUGGCUUUAGCCCGGCCAAGGUGAAGGAAAGUUGCUUCCGCGCCUGGGAAGUGUGUUUGCCUGUAAAGAGGAGAGGGGCUCAGCUGGGAACUGUUCCCCCGCCCUCCCUGGAAGACCACUGGGUCUCCCCCUUUUCCCAACCUCCUUCGUCUCCUCCUCCCACCCUCCCUUUCCCCACUCCCCACUGACUGGGAGGCCUGGAUGUGCUGCCACCGGGCAGUGGUCCAGCUCGCAGCCGGGAGGGGGCGGUGGCAGGGGCAGGGGGCACUGUGACGGGAAACGGCGCGCACAAGUUGGCCAUCUCGGGGGCAGAAGAAGUUCUCCCUGGCAUUUGGAAAGGACAAAGCCAGCAAGCUACCUCUUUUGUGUCGGAUGAGGAGGACCAACCAUGAGCCAGAGCCCGGGUGCAGGCUCAGCCACCGCCGCUGCCACCACGGUCAGCUCCAGUCCCUGCCAGGAGUUGUCAGUGCCAGGAAUUUGGUGACAGGCUCUGCUAGUCUGUUCUUCCCUUAUAUGAAGGAAAGGCCAAAGAUCCAGUUUGGAAAUGAGAGAGGAAGUCUAGCGGGCAACAUUGGCUCCAUCCACUGAUAUCUCCUACAGGUACAGAAAGAGGAUUCAUGAAGAUGUUGACAAGACUCCAAGUUCUUACCUUAGCUUUGUUUUCAAAGGGAUUUUUACUCUCUUUAGGGGACCAUAACUUUAUAAGGCGGGAGAUUAAAAUAGAAGGUGACCUCGUUUUGGGGGGCCUAUUUCCUAUUAAUGAAAAAGGCACCGGAACUGAAGAAUGUGGGCGAAUCAAUGAAGACCGAGGGAUUCAACGCCUGGAAGCCAUGUUGUUUGCUAUUGAUGAAAUCAACAAAGACAAUUACUUGCUACCAGGAGUGAAGUUGGGUGUCCACAUUUUGGAUACAUGCUCAAGGGAUACCUAUGCAUUAGAGCAAUCACUGGAAUUUGUCAGGGCAUCUUUGACUAAAGUGGAUGAAGUUAAACACAUGUGUCCUGACGGAUCCCCUGCCAUUCAAGAAAAUAGCCCACUGCUGCUCAUUGCAGGGGUCAUUGGUGGCUCUUACAGCAGUGUUUCCAUACAGGUGGCAAACCUGCUCAGGCUCUUCCAGAUCCCUCAGAUCAGCUACGCCUCCACCAGCGCCAAACUCAGCGACAAGUCCCGCUACGAUUACUUCGCCAGGACCGUGCCGCCGGACUUCUACCAGGCCAAAGCCAUGGCCGAGAUCUUGCGUUUCUUCAACUGGACCUACGUGUCCACCGUGGCCUCGGAGGGCGACUACGGGGAGACGGGGAUCGAGGCGUUCGAGCAGGAAGCCCGCCUGCGCAACAUCUGCAUCGCCACGGCCGAGAAGGUGGGGCGCUCCAACAUCCGCAAGUCCUACGACAGCGUGAUCCGCGAGCUGCUGCAGAAGCCCAACGCGCGCGUCGUGGUCCUCUUCAACGGCUGGGGCGCGCAGGAGAGCAUCGUCAAGGGCAGCGAGCACGUGGCCUACGGCGCCAUCACCCUGGAGCUGGCCUCGCAGCGGGUCCGCCCGUUUGAUCGCUAUUUCCAGAGCCUCAACCCCUACAACAACCACCGCAACCCCUGGUUCCGGGACUUCUGGGAGCAGAAGUUCCAGUGCAGCCUCCAGAACAAGAGCAACCACCGGCGCCCCUGCGACAAGCACCUGGCCAUCAACAGCAGCAACUACGAGCAGGAAUCCAAGAUCAUGUUUGUGGUGAACGCGGUCUACGCCAUGGCCCACGCGCUGCACAAAAUGCAACGCACCCUCUGCCCCAACACCACCAAGCUGUGCGACGCUAUGAAGAUCCUGGACGGGAAGAAGCUGUACAAGGAUUACUUGCUGAAAAUCAACUUCACAGCUCCAUUCAACCCAAAUCAAGGUGCAGAUAGCAUUGUCAAGUUUGAUGCUUUUGGAGAUGGAAUGGGACGGUACAACGUGUUCAAUUUUCAGUACGUGGGUGACAAGUAUUCCUACUUGAAGGUUGGUCACUGGGCAGAAUCCUUAUCACUGGAUGUCGACUCUAUCCAUUGGUCCCAGAACUCAGUCCCCACUUCCCAGUGCAGUGACCCCUGUGCCCCCAAUGAAAUGAAGAAUAUGCAACCAGGGGAUGUCUGCUGCUGGAUCUGCAUCCCCUGCGAGCCCUACGAAUACCUGGCUGAUGAGUUUACCUGUACGGAUUGCGGCCUUGGGCAGUGGCCCACUGCAGACCUAUCUGGCUGCUUUGACCUUCCUGAGGACUACAUCAGGUGGAAAGAUGCCUGGGCCAUUGGUCCAGUCACCAUCGCCUGCCUGGGUUUUGCGUGCACAUGCAUGGUUGUGACUGUUUUUAUCAAGCACAACAACACACCCUUGGUCAAAGCAUCAGGCCGAGAGCUCUGCUACAUCUUGUUGUUUGGAGUUGGUCUAUCCUAUUGCAUGACAUUCUUCUACAUUGCCAAGCCGUCCCCAGUUAUCUGUGCAUUGCGCCGCCUGGGACUUGGGACCUCCUUCGCUAUCUGCUACUCAGCCCUGCUGACCAAAACAAACUGCAUCGCCCGCAUCUUCGAUGGGGUAAAGAAUGGCGCUCAGAGGCCAAAGUUCAUCAGCCCAAGUUCUCAGGUUUUCAUCUGCCUGGGUCUGAUCCUGGUGCAAAUUGUGGUGGUGUCUGUGUGGCUCAUCCUGGAGGCUCCGGGCACCAGGCGGUACACCCUUCCAGAGAAGCGGGAAACAGUCAUCUUGAAGUGCAAUGUCAGAGAUUCCAGCAUGUUGAUCUCACUUACCUACGACGUGGUCCUGGUGAUCUUAUGCACUGUGUACGCCUUCAAAACCCGGAAGUGCCCAGAAAAUUUCAAUGAAGCCAAGUUCAUUGGUUUUACCAUGUACACCACCUGUAUCAUCUGGCUGGCCUUCCUCCCUAUAUUUUAUGUGACAUCAAGUGACUACAGAGUGCAGACGACGACCAUGUGCAUAUCCGUUAGCCUAAGCGGCUUUGUGGUCCUGGGCUGUUUGUUUGCACCCAAGGUGCACAUCGUGCUGUUCCAACCCCAGAAGAAUGUGGUCACACACAGACUGCACCUCAACAGGUUCAGUGUCAGCGGAACUGGGACCACAUAUUCUCAGUCUAUAGAAGCAAAGGGGCUUGCAGGAGCUGGUUCCCACAGACAGGCAAUCAAGAAGGGAUGCUGCGAAUCCUCUGCAAGCACAUAUGUCCCACCGGUGUGCAAUGGGCGUGAAGUCCUCGACUCCACCACCUCAUCUCUGUGAUUGUGAAUUGCGGUUCAGUUCUCGUGUUUUUAGACUGUUAGACUAAAGUGCUCGCGUGCAGCUCCAGACUAUGGAAACAGAGCAAAAGAACAACCCUAGUACCUUUUUUUAGAAACAGUACAAUAAAUUAUUUUUGAGGACUGUACAGUAUAUAGUGAUGUGCUAGAACUUUUUAGGCUGAUUUCCGUGCCCCUGUUAUUAACGAUUCCCCAGAACAUGGAAAUAACCAUUGUUUACAGAGCUGAGCAUUGGUGACAGGGUCUGACAGGGUCCGUCUACUAAAAACUAUGGUGGCAAUAUUAGGUAACUUUUUUCCUAUAAAGUUUUUGUAGGUUCUUGUUGUAACUAAUUUAGGAUGCGUUUCUAUGUUGUAUAUUCAAGUUACAUUAUGUGUAACAGAUUGUUUUUCUCAGCACAAAAUAAAAAGCAUCUGUAUUAAUGUCAAGCUACUGAGAAUAAAACCAUCACGGUUUUCCAGCA